UGGAAGAGUGUGAAGCACUUUGUAAUCGACUAGUUAUCAUGGUGAAAGGUGAAUUAGUCUGCAUUGGUGCAUGUCAAGAAUUGAAGCAGCGAUUUGGAGCGGGUUACAAUAUUCAUGUAAAAUUAAAUCCAGUCCGAACGGAUGAGGAUGUUGACAAUAUUAAAAAAAUUAUUGAGUCUACUCUAACGUGCGAUAUUAAAGACGAAAAUUUGGGUUUUCUUGGCUAUCAUGUAACUGAUUGUAAUACAACAUGGGAAAAAAUGUAUGAUACAAUGAAGAGUUUGAAGCAAAAAUAUAGUUGCAUUGAGGAUUACGCUGUCUUAUCUGCAACUCUGGAUCAGCUCUUUAUUCAGUUUGCAAGAAGAGCUGAAAUGAUUGGAUCUCAUGAACCUCCGGCUGAUGAUGUUACUAGUCAUGAAGGAACAGUAUAAAUUAAAUGCGUCUUAUUAAAUACCGAAAUAUACUUAAAAUUCUAUACACUAGAUGAAAAU